UUUUGUCCAUCAUUUUUCCAGCCCACAACUCCUCCAGAGACCAUGCUGGGUAGUUGACAGUCAUAUGUCUUGCUGCUGGCUGCAUAUUACUCAGAUCACAAUUUAUUUUCUUGACUUCCUGCUGCUCCUGUCAAAUAAGCUCUAGUGAUUCACUUGCAUGGAGUCCUUUUGCUGUUGAAGUGGAACAACUGCUGUUACUCAAAAAAUGUGUAGUUAUUGUUUCAGUUUGCCUUAUUGAGGCUUUUGAACAUGACUAAAAUCCGACCCUUCUUACACAAAUGAAGCAAUCCAAUUGAAUUUAUUGACCUCAUGCAUGUUACUAUAGUCCUACAUUUGAUAAUGAUGUGGCCGUUGGUACCUACUUCAAAGUUGGACAAAGAGGAUGGACAAGAAUUCACUGUUUUGGUCGACAUCAGAGUUCCCUUACGCAUUCACACUUAACCAGACUUUCUAGGCAAAUGAACUAGAGUUCAAUUAAAGCGGACUAAAGAGGGCUGGAGGGAAUGCACCCUUAGAAAGACAAGUCCUGUAUCUGAACUGUGGGAUUACCCAGAGACAGCCCACACAUGGAUCAAGUCAGGAUUUCAGUAGGUGCAAGCUAACAAUGGUUAACAAUUCUGGCUAGCACCAACAAUGCUAACCAGGAAUGGAAAUGUGACUUGGUCUGAAAACGCAGCAGAGCUAUCUCAAGGUCAAGCAUGUGGUUCUCUUAUAUCUUUGAUAGUGAUGGAUCCACCAGAUAGGACUAACUCUGUGAUAGAUUACCUGUCCUGCCAGCAGCUGCCCCCUGUGGAGUGGAGGUCACACUCUCAGGAUGUGCAGAUUAUUAGCAGUCACUUUCUGAGAACCAAGAGAGAUCUUUUUACCGUACAGACCACAGCACAUUAUGCUCUUGGUUUUUUCUCUAUUUCGAGGUUAAUACUGUCCCGUUACAAGGUGACAGUUUCUCCAUUGUGCCAUUAGGCUGUAUCCCUGCAAAAUGCAGCCAAAGAACCAUCUACUGUGUUAGCCACAUUCAAACUUCAAACACAGGGCCUUGCAAAAGUGUUUGACAAAUGUUGAGGUUUAUUGGGUAUAUAUAGCGUAAAAAGGAAGCUAUUAUCAACUGUGUUUGAAAGAGCACAUCUGCUAAAAAGCAACCAAAUGGAUCUGACCACUCACCUAUAGUCAUCUUGAUGACAGGCUGCUCUUUGCUGCCUGCAUUUUCAGAUGAUCGUCAUCAUUUUGAAAACGUAGUGUUUCUUUAAAUGGAUACUUAGUUUUUAAGCAGCAUUUUCACUUUCAACUUUCUAUUUUUAAGACGCCUUUUUGCACCAUCUUGUGUUAGACGAUAAAUCAGUUUUGAAGGUCGUCUGUUCAUGUGACAAAAACUUCUUUUUCUAGGUUGUCCUGCUUUGGAUUUGCAGAGAUUAAACAUAAUAUGACACAAGACAAAAGGUGGAUGCCAGACUUAGAGCACAAACAUAGGGAUUAUGCUGUUUGUUAUGAAAAGCAAAAUUUUAACUGUCCAACCACUCCCUGUCUAAAAGGUAGUAGAAGUAAAUUAAAAUAUUGUUCUGCUUUUGUUUCCUUACUUUGUAAAAGAAAUGCAACAAUUUGACCCAUUUUCAGAUGUUUUCUUCCUGAAUGUCUCUCAGGAUUGUGUCGCCCCAUUCAAGCUGCACUUGAUUUGGAGAUGAUGACAGAUUUACCUCAGCAUGCGCAGUGUAUUCUCACCGGACCAAUUUAGCUUAGCUGAACACAGCUUCAGAGUAACUGUGUUUAUGUCAGAUUCAAUGGAUGGGAUUGUGUGGAAUGUAAAUAUACUAAAACCUUCUGUGAAAUGUGGGCAGAACCAGAAGCAGCACAACUAAAACCUUCCUCUUAAAGGAUUGAGAUGUUGAUUUAUGGUUUUCUUCACUCUACGUCUCUCCAUUGUUUGUGAUCAAUUCUGGGAAAGUCUUUAGGGCGCAUUCACACCAGCCACUAGUCGCUUUAAUCGAACUCUAGUUUUUCUAGAAAGCCCAGUUUGUUUGGGGAGGUGUGAAUGUGUAAUCGUACCAAAAAAAGAGAACCCUGGUCCACUAACAAACCUCAGUCUCUGUUUGAUUUGGGAACGCCAACAACACCGCAGAUAGCAUGAAGUAGAUUAGAGAGCAGGGCAUUCUGGGUAAAUACAACCAAUACAAACGCACGUGUCCAGCUUUAGCGGAAGAAAUGGCUCAUCGUUUUUUGCCAAAGAUAAAACAGAAAUCUGACACCUCUCCAUUUUUGUUUACAUUUUGCAAGGAAGGAAGUUGUACUCAGUGUCUUCUUCAGAAGUUUUCUCAUUGUUUCCUUCAGUGGUUCUUGGUGCAGGCCCAUCCACAGGUGAGGCAUUGAACCAACCAAUGCCAAGUGUUUGGUUCGUUGGAUAGUGCUGUGUGAAAACACCCUAACUUUUUGUAGACAGAUUCAGAUUUCACAUCGUUGUUAAUCCAUGUCUAAAACAAAUUCUGUACAGAUGCAUAUCUUUUGACAUGCUGGACGAACAACAUACAGUCAAUAUUUUAUAUAAUUAGUGGUGGUAAAUUUUACUAUUCAGACAUUUUACGGACAUUUGGAUGUAGCAUGUAAAGUCCAAGCAGUUUUGGUGUAUAAAAGUGUCAACACAGUAAGAUCAAGUGGGAGAUGGAUUGACUCUGGCUGCAGUAAUAUGGGCCUUACUCUAAUCUGACAUAGUGAAGAAAGAGCUAAACCAACUGAGCCACGCUUUCGAUUUACUGUUCUGUUUACCUUCUGACCCCCACUUGUAGUCCUGAGAUAUGGACUGUGACUGAAAGAAUGAGAUCCUGAAUACAGCUGGCUGAAAUGAGAAUGACAUCAGUAGAGUUUCCCCCAGAAAACUUACUAAACCCAGUGGUUGGAACGAGAGUCCACCAUGUUUUUGUGUUAAAAAAUGGAAACAUGUAUGCUCUCACAUCAGUCUCACUGCACGCUCAGUGUGGACCUCUAAAAUCGAGACAAAUCUUUUAUAGUUGCACUUCUAGAGGUUUGAGUUGAGCGAGUCAAGCAAGCAGUGAGGCUUGUAUACGCGUACGUUGGGGCAGUACGCACUGAAAACGUCUGCUCCACAAGAACACCUCCCAACAGACCGUUUUGAGUGUGUGGUGUUGUAUCCGAUCUCCAGCAUAUUACAGAAGUUCAGAAGUGCACAACCAGGUGCUGCAAAAGCGUGCGAAGACGUCGUGAUUAGUGCACGUCCCUUGACCUUGAGCUCAGUUCAAUGCUUCACCUGUAAUUUUGCUAUCAAAAGCUGCUUUUCGAUUAACCAUAGAAUUGCCCAAAUUGAAAUUAUGAAAACAAAUUUGCUCGCUUUCAUAAUUGAAAAAUGGCAGUUAAAAGAAUCCUCCUGUUUUUCAAUAGAAGGUCUUUGCACUAGGGUGAGGUCGUUUUUCAGCUGUAUCAAAGUAGUCGCAAAACUGCAAUGGAAACUUUUUUUUCGCAUUGUGAGUCACAUAAUCGACAGCCAGAUGUUACUACUAGUGAAAACGACAAAAAAGACGACAGAAAGGGGUAGUAGGAUGAUGGUUUGUCUUGUGCUUUUUGGGACAAUCUGCUGCUGGCUCCACCAGAGCUCCCACAUCAUCGCACAGCUCAUAAAAAGUUGUCGUUUCAACGUGUUGAAUCCAAAGCUCUUCCAUAAAGUUGCCGACUACAAAUAUCCAAAACUUAGCCACUCCCAGGUCUGAAGGACUUGUUGCUCCAACGCCUGAAUAAGACGCAGAUGUCUCCUCUGAUGGCUGAUAGAUGAGUGCUAGCGCCACGGCUCAAUUAUCAGGAUGAUCUCUGUUUACAUCUGUCGCUGCCAUGGUUUUUAAUCACUUAUAUUGUGAACAAACUUAUUAAAGCCUAAUUUCAACUUCAUUUCUUAUUUAUUAGAAACACUACUAUUGCAAAAUUGUUUUUUCUUGACAUCAGAAUAGCAGCAAAGAUUUUUGCACGUUUGCAAUGGAAAGACAGCUACUGUUACUGUUUUAUAAAGAAACUCUUUAAAACGAACAGUGCUUGGCCUGGUUGGGGUCCAAGUAAAGCCUGCUGGCCUGCCAGGCUUGUAUGCUGUGGGGAAACUCUGCAUCAGGAGCGAUUGAGACGCUUUUGGUUGAGAUAAUAACUACUAAACUUUUUCUUUGGAUGAAGUAUUAGUGACUAAUAUUUGCAUGGCGACCACCAACAGAGCAGCGGAGAUCAAAGACUCCACCGAAAACCUUCAUCUGGGUUCCUUAGAAACAUGACCGUCCUCCCAGACUGAUUAUCCAAAGCCUCUGCUUGCUUAUCUCCACCGUCCUCCUCCUAGCCUUCCGCCUUUCUAAAUAUGAGAGGAAAGCAGGCCAUCUAUUUUGAGGCCAUAAUAAUUUUGGAAGGGAGGGAGGGGGUCUAAUGUUUGCUGUGUGGCCUGAGGGAGGCAGAUUUAGAUGGACUUGGCACGCUCAGACUGGUGUGCAGCUGAAUCCCACCACGCCCACCCUCCUCUGCCGCUCUGUCCUCGCCUCUAUUGAGUCAGUGGUUUGGGUUUGCCAGAGGCUAGGAUAAUGGCUCCCAGUGUCUGGAGAGAUUAAAGGCCAGAGCUGCAUUGUUCAAAUGCCCUGAGAUUAGUUUCCACGGAGACGGGUUUCAGCGCAGAGCAUUUUUUAUCUUCUCUUUUCUUUUUGUUUCCAUGACUGUUUGCCCCUUCGUGCGUGAUUCAACUGGGAUGUUUUUCAUAAAACGAUCUUUCGGCUGCAUAUUAACUGCAGUUGAACUUCUGAUAGAAACUUAAGAGUCGUCUUGUCCACCUUAAGUCAAUACUCUUCCUGCACCAUCUGUCAAGGAGAGAAAAUCCGGUGUAAAGGGGAUCAUAUGACAACCUCUGAGCGCUCUAAUCAUCUUUAACUGACAACGGCAGCUUUUUGAUGAAUUUGCCUUUUAGAUAUUCCAGAAAUAUGACUCAAGGGAUACAGGCGUCUGUCAAACGGAUGGAUGGAUGGAUUAGCGUGAUCUUUUUUAUUUUUUAUUUUUACCAUUUUGUUCCCCGGAGGAUCAGCUAAGACAAGAGCAAUGUGGUGAAGUCAUAAAGAUGAAAUAGGUAUGGCUCAGAUGAGGAAGCUGGCGUGUGACGGCCUGAGGGCGAGCUCCCGUGGCGAGCCGCAGGUCCAGCUGCUGUCCGCCAGGCAGGAGAUACUGACCAGCCUGGUGUCCGCCCUGGACUCUGUGUGCAUGGCGAUGUCUAAACUCAACGCAGAGGUGGCGUGCGUCACCGUGCACGAAGACAGCGUGAUCGCCGUGGGGACGGAGAAGGGCCGAAUGUUCCUCAACUCCAGGCGGGAAAUCCAAACGGACUUCUAUAAGUUUUGCCGAGCGCCGUGUUUGCAGAGUCUGACUGCCAUAAACACCCAUACCAAAGACCAGGAAGGUGAUCCCAUCAAGCUGAGUAAAGACGGCGAGCAUGCGAAACAGCGAGCGCCGUCAGACCCCCAGUCCAACGUUUUCGUUCUGAGGAAGAUGGUGGAGGAAGUCUUCACUGUCCUCUACAGCGAGGCUCUGGGUAAAAGCAGCCUGGUCCCUGUGCCUUACGAGUGGAUCCAGAAGGACCCCGGCUGUGUGGUGGCCCACGGUUUGCCUGAGGGAGUCAUCCUGAAGAAGCCCUCGGAGUACGACACCAAGACGUUGAUGAAGAUCCUGGAGCACAGCCACCGCAUUCACUUCACAGCGAAGAGGCAAGCUGAGGAUUUGUCUAGAGAAGCCAAGCCGAGCAUGGAAGUGAGCAACAACCCCUCUGCCGCCGCCGCCGUCGUGACGCCGAGCAGCCACGGCGCGGCAAAGGCAGUCACCUCGCCGAGUCCCGCCACUGCCAAUAACUCGGUUCUGUCAAACUUCCUGUACGGGAUGCCCAUGUCCUCCAAACCCCACCCUGACAGCAAGCUGGACUUCAAACCCGCAACCCUCCUCAACCUGGGCAAGGACAGACUGGCCAACUGGACAGAGAAGAGCUCCACUGGGAAGGACGGUGGCAACACUGAUGAGCCAACAAGGCUACCUGCUGAGCAGGGUCAGAGUCCGCCUGGAAUCCACAUCUCAAAGAGGCUGCUCUUCUCCAUCGUGCACGAAAAAUCAGAAAAAUGGGACUCGUUUAUUCGGGAAACUGAAGACAUCAACACUUUGAGAGAGUGCGUUCAGAUCCUGUUCAACAGCCGAUAUGCGGAGGCUCUUGGUCUCGAUCACAUGGUGCCUGUCCCCUACCGCAAAAUCGCCUGCGACCCGGGAGCCGUGGAGAUCAUCGGCAUCCCAGAUCAAAUCCCCUUCAAGAGGCCGUGUACAUACGGCGUGCCCAAGCUCAAACGCAUCCUGGACGAGCGCCACGGAAUACGAUUCAUCAUUAAACGGAUGUUUGAUGAGAGGAUUUUUACUGCUGCAGGCAAGAUUGCCAGAGAGGAGGGCAAGCUUGACCCGGGCUGCGUGCCUGAAGACGGUUUCUCCGACUGCCUGGGCUUCCCUCCCACCGCAGCUGAGCUGCUCAGCAACGCUCACAGCAGCAGAUCAACAAGUGCUUGCGUGAGCCCCCAGGCUGACUCUGAAGCAGGUCCUUCGGGAGACGGAGCUCCUGUCAGGCGGAUUAAAACGGAGCCUCCAGAUGGAGACAUCAUUCAGGUCACAGUGCCUGAUGCUGGGACGAAUGGGGACGACCCUGUUGAGUGUUUGGGCGAGGCGGUUUCAGCCGCUCCGUGUCCGACCACGGCCUCGCCCAGCGCUCCCCCUGCGGCCCCCGCCCCUCCGGUUCCUCCUGCCCCCCCCCACCCAAAGGAAAACCACUCGGCUGAAGCUUCGUCUCCCAGUGGAGCGCCUCAGAGCAUCAGGAGACCCCCUGAAGCGGGGAGUCUGGUGGAGGACAUCGGCGAAAUGAUCCUUCAGCUUCGGAGGAAAGUGGAAAACCUCUUUAGCAUCAAGUACGCCGAAGCUUUGGGUCUUCCAGAACCAGCCAAGGUGCCGUACUCAAAGUUCCAGAUGUACCCGGAGGAUCUGUACGUCACCGGCCUGCCAGAGGGAAUCUCCCUCCGAAGGCCCAACUGUUUCGGAGCGGCCAAGCUACGCAAGAUCCUGGCUGUUAGCGGUCAGAUCCAGUUUUUUAUCAAAAGGCCUGAACUUUUAGCGGAGCAAGUUAAACAAGAGAUGCCUUCGAUGCCUGUUUGUGAUGCAGAGCCAGACGCCGAGGACAGCGCAGUAGCAGAGGACACAACGGCUUUAUCCAAGAGACCCGGAUUCUCAGAGUGCAUGGAGUCCAAGCUGUCCAGGAUCGACUUGGCCAACACGCUGCGGGAGCAGGUCCAGGAUCUGUUCAACAGGAAGUAUGGGGAGGCAUUGGGCAUCAAGUACCCCGUCCAAGUGCCUUACAAGAGGAUCAAGAACAACCCGGACUCGGUCAUCAUCGAAGGCCUCCCCCCCGGCAUCCCCUUCAGGAAGCCCUGCACCUUCGGCUCCCAGAACCUGGAGCGGAUCCUGGCGGUGGCCGACAAAAUCAACUUCACCAUCACCAGACCAUUUCAAGGACUUAUUCCCAAACCAGCACCUCGUCGAGUCACUUUACUAAAGAAGGCCUACGCCUCAAUAAGCGACGACGACGACAUCAACCGCAUGGGGGAGAAAGUGGUCCUCCGAGAGCAAGUCAAGGAGCUUUUCAACAAGAAAUACGGCGAGGCGCUGGGCUUGGACCGCUCCGUCGUCGUGCCGUACAAACUGAUCCGCGGCAGUCCGGAGUCCGUGGAGGUCGGCGGUCUCCCAGACGACGUCCCCUUCCGAAACCCCAACACUUACGACAUCGUGUGCCUGGAGAAAAUCCUUCAGGCUGCGGAUAAAGUAACGUUCAACAUCAAGAGCCAGCUCCAGCCUUUUGCAGAGAUCUGCAGCCAGGCUUGUAACACAGCAGGAACAGACGCCUCCACUAACCGACGGAAACGCAAGAGAGUCCAGGAGAGCAGCCGCAUACCCGCCUCCUCCGACCUGGGGAUAUCAGCCAAUCAGAUUCCAGUUAUGCAGUGGCCCAUGUACAUGGUGGACUACAGCGGCGUCAACGUCCAGGUUCCUGGGAAAGUCAAUUACUGAAGGGCAAACUCAGACUGCGGCAAAGAGGAGCUUGUUUCUCUUCCACAGAGGGACACCAGGACUUUUCCCUGGAGGAGUGAGACGUGCCCAUCUCUGCAGGAUGCUUUUCUAAAAGCUGCAGGUUCAGGUUCGACUCUUGAGCGGCAGAAUGUAUGUGCGUCAGAAAGCUUGGCUUGUUUUGCUUUUAAAACACAAGUUAUUUCACUAUUUUUUUAUUUUUUAAAGCUGGAAAGUGUCAUUAUUUCACUUUGUUUGUUCCAGUUACAAACUGUCCAUUCACUGAGUUAUGAUUUUAAAUUGAGAUGAUCUGGUUCCACAUUAUUCAGAUAUUUGUACCUUUUAUUUAUUAUAUUUAUUAAGAUAUAACAUUAUGUGCAGGGAUGUAAAAUAUAUUAUUCUGUUUAUACUUUGAGGAACUCACAACACUAACUCAUAACUAUAGGUUGCUGCUAAACACGAGACUGAAGCAGCAGAUUUUAAGUGUCUUAAUUUGUUGUUUUGUUAAACAUGAGACUAAAAAAAAGGACUCAGUUUGGUCAGCAGGACGUACUGCUCCUCUUUAUGUUAACACCACAUUAACAUGUAAAAUAUGUGUCAGCCUGAAUGUAUCAUGUAAAGAAAAGAAUGGUAUGUUACUCUGCGAUGACUGUCUCUGGACUAAUUAUAUUUAAUAUGCUGUACCUUAACGCCAGUUAGGCCUUUGAAAUAAAAUGUGUUGCCUUGCACUUUGAA